UUGAACAUGGAAUUCAAUCCUUCAGACCAUCCUCGGGCCAGCACAAUAUUCCUCAGUAAAUCUCAGACAGACGUGAGAGAAAAACGCAAGAGUCUCUUCAUUAACCAUCAUCCUCCAGGACAAAUAGCGAGGAAAUACAGCUCCUGCUCCACUAUUUUCCUAGAUGAUAGCACAGUCAGUCAACCAAACCUCAAGUAUACAAUUAAAUGUGUAGCUCUCGCAAUAUAUUACCACAUCAAAAACAGGGACCCAGAUGGAAGGAUGCUCUUAGAUAUUUUUGAUGAAAACCUUCACCCUCUUUCGAAAUCCGAAGUGCCACCAGAUUAUGACAAACACAACCCAGAGCAGAAGCAGAUUUACCGGUUUGUUCGGACACUGUUCAGUGCUGCUCAGCUGACAGCUGAAUGUGCCAUUGUCACCCUGGUAUACCUUGAAAGACUUUUAACAUACGCAGAGAUAGACAUCUGUCCGGCCAACUGGAAGCGGAUUGUUCUAGGGGCGAUCCUUUUGGCCUCCAAGGUUUGGGAUGACCAGGCUGUGUGGAAUGUGGAUUACUGCCAGAUCCUGAAAGACAUUACGGUGGAGGACAUGAAUGAGCUAGAACGACAGUUUCUUGAAUUGCUCCAGUUCAACAUCAAUGUUCCUUCCAGUGUUUAUGCCAAGUAUUAUUUUGAUCUUCGUUCUCUGGCAGAAGCAAACAACCUGAGCUUUCCCUUGGAGCCCCUGAGCAGGGAGAGGGCUCACAAGCUUGAGGCCAUCUCGCGCCUCUGCGAGGACAAGUACAAGGACCUGAGAAGACCCACGAGGAAGCGGUCAGCGAGUGCUGACAAUCUGACUCUGCCGAGGUGGUCCCCGGCCAUCAUCUCCUAACCGUGGGGGUCCCCAUUGGAGGCCGUACCAUCCCUCAGUUUCUCCUUUAGUUUGAGAAAAGAUAGACUUGGGGUGGUUUUGUUUUUGUUUUCCUUUCCUUUUCUUUUUUUAAUUCGUAGCUCUGUCAGGCUGCCUUGAUGACUGCCUCCAGGCUGCGUGGCCCACACGCAGCAAGGCCUCUAGGGAAGUGAAAUCAGUAUUCCGGAAAUCCUGUUUCAUGCCUUUCCUGUCAUGAUUAACAGCACUUCCCUCAUGGAGGAAAAGGACUCUCAUCCUGGAGAAGGAGAAAAAGGGAAAGGGAAGUCGUGUAGAGGCAGGGAAAGGGUUAAAUGGCUCAGCCAUUUCUUAAGUCCCCGUCUGGUCAGUAGAUGAAUAGAUGAAUACGAUGAAAAAACACAACAGUAGGUAACAAAGUUGGAUGUGCAUUAAAGGCAAGAGUGCUGCGUUUAUCACCUCCAUUUGGAUCAGUAUGUUCUGUAAGACUUCUUGCAUUCCUUCUAGCUGCUUUUUUGGGAUUUGGGGGAUUUUUGUUUGUUUUUAUUCUGUUUUGGUUUUGGUCCCACAGAGCAGAGAAUAUAGUUUGUACCCAUCAUGGCACAGACAUCCAAAUAAAUAGUAUUGAUUGUUUCUCUCUGCA